AGCGGAAUGUGAACAGCACGGUGAGCAAGACCACCGGGUGAGCCCGGUUUGCUGAUCUCAGCGAUAGAGCGUGCGGAGAGAGCCUGUGUCCUUGUCCGCAAGAAUGACUUCUGUCAUCGUUAUCGUCCACGGGACGCCCGACGCUGCGUCGGCCGACCAUGCGCAUUGUGGGUAAUAAUUGCCCUCUGCCAUUACUCGAGACGGCGCCUGGGAUAUUCGAGGACCGUGCGUGGCAGCCCAGGUCGCGCCGAAUGACCUCAGCGCGUCGGGACUAUGCCCGACUCACUGUACGAAACGUUCCGAACGCGGGGAGCGUGCCAUGCUUGCCGGCAUACCUACAUAUUUUAGGUGCAUUGCACACUUCAAGCUUCUCCCCAGUCAUUUCCCGUACACUCGCAUAAGAGCUUUCUAGCACAGGUCGUAGACCUUGGCGCAACUUCACGUUUCCCUUCUACCUGCUCUUCCCUCUCGACACCCAGCCAUGUUUGUUCCACAAUGGAUCGUGCGCAGGAACGAUGCGCUUGGUUCGAAUCCACCCGACGCGCAAGAGCACAUCAGUGUUAAUGCCUCCGACUGGCUUUGGGCUGCCUUCUCGUUCAUCACCGUGUGCACGCUUGUGAUGGCAGUCUUCACUCUCAUAAGGCCACGGGGUAGACGGGUUUUCCACCAGAUCGCAUUCAUGAUCAUGUUAACGACCUCCGUUGCCUACUUCUCCAUGGCUUCCGACCUUGGCUCUACACCCGUCCUGACUGAGUUCCGCCCUCCCAACGUGACCCGCCAAGUAUGGUACGUGCGGUACAUCCAGUGGUUCAUCACCCUCCCGCUGUUGUUGCUUGAACUCCUGCUCGCUACCGGACUGUCGCUCGGUGACAUCGUCACGACCGCCUUUGUGAGCAUGGUCCUCGUCGUCAUGGGCCUUGUCGGGGCCCUUGUCCCGAGCACCUACAAGUGGGGCUACUACGUCUUCGGUGCUAUCGCCCUCUUCUACAUCUGGUUCGUGCUCCUUUGGCAGGCACCCCGCUGUACGUUCGCCGAGGCAGGCACGCUCCGGAAGGGCUACAUCCUCUCGUCGGCAUACCUUGCAUUCAUGCUUAUCACGUAUCCCAUCUGCUGGGCGUUGUCCGAGGGCUCGAACAUCAUCAGCCCGAGCUCGGAGAUGAUCUGGUACGGCAUCCUCGACAUCAUCGCGGGACCUCUCUUCCUUUUCCUCUUCCUCUGGGAGCUCCGCGGCGUCGAGUACCAUGUCUUCAGCUUCCACUCUGGCAAGUACACCUACGCCCACAGCAGCUCUGGGCGCCCGGAGAAGGCACCUAUCGCUUAAAGCGCGUUCCCCCCCUUCAGUCACCGUUCAUUCAUGAUUAUAUAUGACCCAUUCACGACCUUUUGACGGUGUAUAACGACAAAAAGCACUCCAUAUUUCACAUUUCUUCAUCACGCUUUCGCGUUGCAUUACGGUACCUAGAUAUCCCUAAUACUCGCUCUAAUAUCGUGUAUCCUACGACUUGUCUGUAACAUAUCACUUGUAGUCCUAGCAUAUAGCACGCUUUAAUCGCGAU